UACUUCGCGUUAGCCAAUCAUUGUGUUCGUUAUUCAGCCAAGCUAGCGCCAGUCCUGCGGACAUGCGCAGAAGGUCGCGGCGUAACACGCGUGUGGAGGAAGUGUACUGACAGGUCUGCAGCCUUCACCGCCGCCCUCACGCUCCUCACUCAACCGGCCAAACUGUGCUUUAUUCGCUCCGGGGAAAAUGUCGUGGCUGUUCGGACUGAACAAAGGGCAGCCGGAGCCGCCUCCGGGCCUGCCGCCCCAGCCUCCACCGCCUCCGCCGGCCGGGGGCUCGAGCGGCGGUGGAGAUAAACCCAAGGACAAAUGGAGCAACUUCGAUCCCACUGGUCUGGAACGCGCUGCCCAGGCAGCCAAAGAGCUCGACCAGUCCCGCCAUGCCAAAGAAGCUCUGGAGCUGGCUCGAAUGCAGGAGCAGAGCACACAGAUUGAGCACCAGAGUAAAAUGAAGGAGUACGAAGCAGCAGUGGAGCAGCUCAAAGGCGACCAGAUCCGCAUCCAAGCAGAGGAGAGGAGGAAAACGCUAAACGAGGAGACCAAGCAGCAUCAAGCGAGAGCUCAGUACCAGGAUAAGCUGGCCAGACAGCGAUAUGAGGACCAACUCAGGCAACAGCAAAUGCUGAAUGAGGAGAACCUUCGCAAACAGGAGGAGUCUGUGCAGAAGCAGGAGGCCAUGAGGAAAGCAACCAUAGAGCACGAGAUGGAGCUGAGACACAAGAACGAGCUUCUGCGAAUCGAGGCCGAGUCUAAAGCCCGAGCCCGCGUGGAGAGGGAAAACGCAGAUAUAAUCCGAGAGCAGAUCCGUCUGAAAGCUGCGGAACACAGGCAGACCGUCCUGGAGUCCAUAAAGACGGCAGGUACGGUGUUUGGAGAAGGAUUCAGGGCUUUUGUGUCAGACUGGGACAAAGUCACUGCCACGGUGGCAGGACUGACACUUUUGGCCGUGGGAGUGUAUUCGGCCCGAAACGCUACAGGGGUAGCAGGACGCUACAUCGAGGCCAGGCUGGGGAAACCCUCUCUAGUGCGAGAGACAUCCAGGUUCACUGUGGGGGAAGCCAUCAAACAUCCAAUUAAGACGGUCAAAAGAUUGAAGAGUAAACCUCAGGAUGCCCUUGAGGGAGUUGUGCUCAAUCCCCCCUUGGAGGAGCGCGUGCGCGACAUUGCCAUUGCAACAAGAAACACCAGACAGAACAACGGCCUGUACCGGAACAUCCUCAUGUACGGCCCUCCGGGAACGGGCAAAACGCUGUUUGCCAAGAAGCUGGCAAUGCAUUCUGGGAUGGACUACGCCAUCAUGACUGGCGGCGACGUGGCACCGAUGGGCCGCGACGGUGUGACCGCCAUGCACAAAGUCUUUGACUGGGCCGGCACAAGUCGGCGUGGGUUGCUGCUGUUCGUUGACGAAGCCGAUGCGUUUCUCCGCAAGAGAUCCACCGAGAAGAUCAGUGAAGACCUCAGAGCUACUUUGAACGCCUUCCUGUACCGCACGGGAGAACAGAGCAGCAAGUUUAUGCUGGUGCUGGCCAGUAACCAGCCGGAACAGUUUGACUGGGCCAUAAACGACCGUAUAGAUGAAAUAGUGAAUUUCGCCCUGCCUGGCCCGGAGGAGAGGGAGCGACUGGUGCGGCUGUACUUCGACAAAUACGUGCUGGAGCCGGCCACUGGAGGAAGGCAGCACACCCAGUCACACGUAGAGAUCCGGAUCACCGAGGGCUCGCUUGGGCAUAAAGAGCAGAAAGAUUCGGGGUUCCUCUGGGUGGAAGACCGGCCCCCCUGUGUGUCUGAGCUGCGGAUGAAGCUGGCACAGUUUGACUACGGCAAGAAGUGCUCUGAAAUAGCAGGGCGGACAGAGGGGAUGUCCGGCAGGGAGAUCUCCAAGCUGGGCGUUGCCUGGCAGGCGGCGGCGUACUCCUCUGAAGACGGCGUGCUGACCGAGGCCAUGAUCGACGCCCGGGUGGACGACGCGGUGAAGCAGCACCACCAGAAGAUGGACUGGCUGCGUGGAGAGGAGGAGGGUCAGGCCAAAAGCCUCACGCCCCCGCCCGCCGGGGCGGCGGGCAUCGGAGGGAAGAUGGGCUUUAACCUGCCGCUCAGCGAGGCGCCCCAAGCUCAGGAGCUGAUCAGCCAAGCCCUCGAGACGCACACGAAACCCGAGAGCGAGAGCGGGCCAGCCCCCGCCGACACGGAGCCGUCUGCGGCCGCCCCCCCGGCUGGACCGGACCGCGAGGAGGCCGUGAAAGCAGAGGCCAAGACCCCGGAGGAGAGCAAGAGUCAGCCCGAUGCUGCCACUGACAGUGACCACAAGACGGAGAAAGAGGACAAGGGUGCUACCCCUCCCCCGAAGGAUGGAACUCCCGUUUGAGUGUUCGUGAAGAGAUGAUUAGUGUCCGGCCCUCUCAACUGACGAGUCUGUCACUGCUAGCCAAAAGGGCCUGUUGGACUUUCUUAAUGACAUAAGAUUAGCUCACAGUUGAGAGAGAUAAACAGUUAACCUUUCAUAACACAAACGAUGCCUGGAAUUCCUUCAUUUUAAGAUAUUAUGCGUACAUCGUGAAAGUGUACUUUACAUAGAAACCAGACGGAGUGUCUGUAAUCACACUAUAAAUGUUGUGCAAAGUGAACUGUCUCUGAGUUAAUUAAAUGGAUCCACAUUUUCAUACGAAGCAAAGAUUCUGAAGUGAUUUCCACAACAAUAAAAUGCCGAACAUUGCCGAUGACCUCCACAAACAGAGCUACGGUUUGUUUGAUGGUAAUCCAUUCGGGACCUCAGCAUUUCCGAGUUUCUGAAAUGCUCAGAUCCACUGAGCUGAGAUGCACUGGACAGUGACACUGAGUGCCGAUGUUUGGCCUUUAUAAUCCCAUUUCAGCUUCAUUUCGUGUAUUCUCUCAUUAUUUUGUUACUCUUUAUUUCUUCAUGAGAGAAUCAGGUAGAACUGACAUUUCAGGUAUGGCCCUGAACAUGCAUUUUGCUCCAGAUAAACCAUGUUCCAGGACUCUUUCAAUGAAGCAGCAAUACAUGCAAUUCAUGAUGUGAA